UCACACUCUCUCUCAUCUCGUCUCUGUGGCUCUGCGUUUCUCAGUUGUUAUGCUGGCUUGAGUUGUGUUUGAAGACGAAGGAAUGUCGAAGAAGAAGAACCCCUUGGUGUUUAUGGAUGUGUGCAUCGAUGGAGAUCCUGCUGAAAAAAUGGUUUUUGAGCUUUUCUUUGACCGGGCUCCCAAGACUGCCGAUAAUUUCCGUGCUCUGUGUACUGGAGAAAAGGGAAUCGGUCCAAAGAGUGGGAGACCUCUACACUACAAAGGGUCUUUCUUCCAUCGCAUUGUAAAAGGAUAUUACGCUCAGGGUGGUGAUUUUGUUAAAAGGAAUGGCACUGGUGGGGAAAGCAUUUACAGUGAGGAGGAGUUUCCAGAUGAGUCGUCCAAGCUAAAACACAAUGAACCUGGACUUCUUUCUAUGCCUGUUGCCACUCGUGACUCUUUAGGUUCUCAGUUUAUCAUCACCUUUGAAGCUAAUCACAGUCUCGACAGAAAACAUGUCAUUUUUGGGAAGCUAAGACAUGGAUGGGACGUUUUGAAAAGAAUAGAGAAUGCAGGUGACAUAGAUGGGAAUCCAACUGUGACAGUGAAAGUCAUCAACUGUGGGGAAUAUAGUGAAGACAACAAGAAAGUAAAAGCAGUAAAGGAAGCUUCUUCAGAUGCUAAUAGUCUUGAAGUGAAACGUAAGGGAAAACACAAGAAAUCUUCAAGAGAUAGAAGGAAGAGGAGAAGGAGGAGAUAUGAAUAUGAAUCAUCAACAUCUGAGAGUGACUCGGAUUCUGAAUCUGAUAGUGAUUCUGACUCUGAUGUGUCCUCAUCCUCUUAUGGUAGCUCUUCAGAUGAUGACAGACGUAAGAAAAGAAAGAGGUCAUAUAAAAGAGACAAGUAUAAACGUGUAAAAAGGAGGGAUAAGGGACGGGACAAUAAGCGCAGACGGCAUGGUAAGAGAUCUAAGAUCAGAUCAAGAAGGGCCUCGGACAGCCUUACAGAUACUGAGGGUGACAGUAACCCUGAAGAUGGUGGUCUUCAUGCUGAGAGGAAGGAUAAGAAGUCUAAAAAGGAGAUAUCUCAAAAAGCUGCUGGGAACCAAUCUUCUAUUGCAGUGGAUGGAGAUGCUUUGUCAAAUCACCACAACAACAGGGAGCAAGAAAUUGUGCUCGAGAAAGAAAGUGAAUUUCCCAAGGAGAAUGGAGAGCAGCGGAGCAAUGGCCUGCGAACAGAAGCUAAAUCUGACAAAACUACAGAUAGGCAACCGGACAUAGUUGAUGAUCACCCAGGCAAAUCUAGGAGCCGAAGCUUGAGUCCUAAAAGGAUCCUGAGUAAGAGUAUGAGUAUUAGUCCCAGGAGGAGUCCGGUCAAGAGUCCAAGUGUAAGUCCAAAGAGCCAGAGUUCAAGUGUUAGUAGAAGCCCUCCUCGCGCCUCUCAAAGGAGUAGAAGCUUCAGCAGGAGCCCUGUUAAGAGUGAUAGCAGUAGAAGCCCAGCAAGAGAUGUCAGCAGGAGUCCAGUGAAGAGUUGGAGGGGUAGAAGUGCAGUUAAAUCCCGGUCUCAAAGAACUAACAGUGAUAGUCCUGCAUCCCUACCCAGACAAAGUGUUAGCCCAAGCCCUCCUAGAAAAGUAUCUAAAAGAUCAAUGAGCAGAAGCCCUGUGAGAGCUUCAAGAAGCCAAAGCCCUGUUAGAUCUUCUAGAAGGAGUGCAAGUAGGAGCUCCGGUAGGGUCACUAAUAGGAAAAACAUUAGCCAGAGUCCUGUCAGGCCUGUGAGUGGAAAUCAUCGCAGUUACUCAAGGAGUCGAAGCCCGGUGCGCCGAGCUAGAACUCCUCCAUCUGAUAGGGAUAAGAGCUUGUCUAGAAGUGUUUCACCUGAUGGCUCACCCAAGCGCAUUAGAAGGGGACGGGGUUUCAGCCAGCGUUACUCUUAUGCACGGCGGUACAGAACGCCUUCAUUGUCUCCUGUGAGACCAUAUCGUUAUGGAGGUCGAAGUGAUCGGGACAGGUAUUCAAGUUAUAGAAGGUACUCUCCAAGGCGUUAUAGAAGCCCACCAAGAGCAAGAACACCUCCAAGAUACAGGAGCAGAAGAACCAGGUCUCCCGUAUCACGUAGCCCCCGUCGUGGUCGCCGCUACAGUAGGAGCCGUAGCCCCAUCCGGAGCCGCAGUCCAAUUCGAAGCCGCUCUCGUUCCCCAGUGGAGGUGGCUGCUCGGGUUGAGAGGCGCAGAUCUCCUUCAAGAAGCAGGAGCCCAUCAGCUUCAAGGUCCUCAGACUCACAAUCUCCAAGGCUGGCGGGCAAGAACAAAUCAAGGUCUUCAUCAGAAAGUCCGAAUGAGAAGAAGGGCCUGGUUUCUUAUGGUAAUGGUUCCCCAGACUCUGAGUGAAAGUUGACAUUGCCGCAGCGGGAGAUUUUUUUUCCACCGUUCCUGAAGCUAAUGCUCAGUAAUUUGGUUAUCAGCCAUAGCUUAGAAUAUUAAUAAUUGGCAUGUUUGAGCGUAUCUUUUGAGAAAUGAAUAACUUGGGUACUAUGACUAUAUGAGUAUGAGGCUGUGCGAUAAUGAUGUGAUAUUAUUGUAGCGGUUGGAAUUUAGUUCUGAGAAUGAUGCAUUGCAGGAAUAGUCGUAAUUCUAUGUCUUUUGUAAUUUGAGUUGCUUAUAUUAGACUCUGCAAGGUACUUUACAGAA